CUAUCUAGCAUUAAUGCAAGUAGAACGUGAGUUCAUACCCCCACACAUUCCGACCCCACAUACUGUCUUCAUCCAUAGCGAUAGUCUAGCGGUCUUGUCGGCGAUCGUUCAGUUACAAACGACAAAGACAGGACAAUACUUGAUAAAACAAGUACUUGACAAAAUCGAAAGGAUCAAAAGAAUGAAAGGAAGAGAAGGAACCAUAGUCCAAUUGAACUGGAUCCCAGGACAUACGGGCAUCUAUGGUAACGAACUAGCUGAUAGAACAGCCAACGAGGGAAGGACAAAAUGUAAUCAUUACACCAACAUUGACUUCACACUUAGUACUUCAUACUCAGCAAUGCGACGCAGAAUGCGCGAACGCUAUACAGCUCCA